AGGCGGCGUGGGGCGGGCUCGGCGGGCGGGCCAUGGCGCGGGCGCGGGCGGCGGGCGCGCGGGGCCGGCCCGGGCGCUGCGGGCUGGGCGGGCGCUGCGGGCGCCGCGCGCUGUUGGCCUGCGUCGCGUGGACCGCGGGCUGGGUGCUGGCGGCCGCGCUGCUGCUCCGCGCGCACCCGGGCGUCCCCUCCGAGCGCUGCAGCGACGAGAAGAGCCGGCGCAUCCUGGCCGCGCUGUGCCAGGACUACCGGGGCGGCGCGCUGGGCGGAGACCUGUGCGAAGACCUGUGCGAGGCGGGGAAGCUGCGGUACCAGCGCUGCUUGUACUAUGAGCGCGGCAAGAAGGUGCUGCAAGCCGACUGGCGCGGCCGGCCCGUGGUGCUCAAGUCCAAGGAGGAGGCCUUCUCCAGCUUCCCGCCGCUCGGCCUCCUGGACGGGCAGCCCGGGGCUGGCGGUCAGGACAUGCCGGAGGCCGAGCUGCUGGUGCUGGCGGCCGGGGAGGCCCGGAGCGCGCUGGGCCUGGCUCCGGCCGAGGGCGGCCUGGGCCGGCUGGGGCUGGCACGGCGGGGCCCGCGGCGGCGGGGCCAGCUGGCCAGCCUGUGGGCGCUGCUGCAGCAGGAGGAGUUCGUGCUGCUCAGCCUGCUCCGCGGCCGCAGCCCGCACGCCCCGCCCGUGCUGGGCUCCUGCGGCCACUUCUACGCCGUGGAGCACCUGGCGGCCGGCAGCCCCGGCCACCGCGCCCUCUUCCCACUCGGCCCGGACGGCGGGCACCGCGGCCAGGCGCGCGCGGUCAGCGGCGUGGCGCUCAGCUUCCUGGACAUGGUCCGCCACUUCGACCAUGACUUCGCCUACCGCCUGCACCUCUGCGACGUCAAGCCCGAGAACUUCGCCAUCCGGAGCGACUUCACGGUGGUGGCUAUUGAUGUGGACAUGGCUUUUUUCGAACCUAAAAUGAGGGAAAUUCUCGAGCAAAACUGCACGCGGGAUGAAGACUGCAAUUUCUUUGAUUGUUUUUCGAAGUGUGAUCUGAGAGUGCACAGGUGCGGGGCCCAGAGAGCCAACAGCAACCUGCAGGUGGUCUGUGACAAGAUCUUCCGCCACUGGUUCUCCUCGCCCCGUGGCAGCUCCGCGAUGUCAGGCCCGCUGCGGGGGCAGCUGCAGGCAGCGGUGCAGGAAUGUGCGGCCCCCAGUGCCCAGGGCAUGCCCCGCAUGCUCGGGAGGCUGCGAAGCCUGCUCCAGGCCGCGCUGCGGGAGCUGCAGGACGGCGAGGAGCUGCACCCCUGGGCGAGGAGCCGUCCGCGCGGGGACACUCACCGUGGGACCCCGGGCGCUGCUCGGAAGGCCCCAGGCGGCCUUGGCCAUCACCCCCUUGAGUGACGCGAGGGACGGGUCUGGCGCCAGGGUCUCCCCUGUGCGGGAGCAGGAGUGUCCAUGGGGCCCUGCAGACUCCCAGUGCAACAGCGUGCACAGGGUGUGCGCAUGCAUGAGCACAAGGGUGUGCAAGUGUGCAUGGGCACAUGGCCGUGAGAGCUGUGCAGGUGUGUGGAUGUGUGUGAGCAGGUGAGUGCCUGGGGCGUGUGCUCCUCCGGGUGGGGAAGGCACUGUCUCUGGCGGGUCCUGGAGCUUAGGGCCUCCCGAGCAGAAUCACCUUUGUUUGAUUGAAAGCAUUGAAGGAAUUGAAAACAUUAAAAAACACAAGUCUGGGA